AUGACUGCGAUCUACGAUAUGACUCGUCGUGUUACUAUGCACGACGUGAACCCGGAAAAUAAUGCAAUGUAUGAUGAAAUGGAAGCGGAUAACGACGAGUUCUUUAAUGAUGGUUCUCAUCAAUAUCAGGAGAAAAGUUGCUAUACCAUCGAAAAACUUCCUGACAAAGUUCUUCUUCAUAUCUUUCAAUAUUUAUCGCCAUAUCAGAUUAUUCAUUCUGGUCAAGUUUGCCGUCGUUGGAGGCAGGUCGCAUGCUCGCCGUCAUUGUGGAGAUUUGUGUCAUUUCGCACCAAUUUUGGAGGAAUUCAAGUAAGAGAUCAUGAUCAUUUCAUCAAUUUGAUUGGGACGCGAUUCUCGGAGCUUCGAAUUGUGGAAUUGGCGACCGAUCUCAUUACACCACAAGUUCUUCAUGAGCUCUCCAAUAAAUGCCCGAAACUUCAAUAUCUCACGUUAGAUUUUUCAACAGCAAUGCAGCUGCACGAUUUCACCGAUCUUCAAACGUUUCCAUCACGUCUGAAAUCUCUCACACUGUGCCUUUCGGAGAACAUCUUUCUGGAAGGAUUUCUACGCAAAGUUUACACUUUCAUCUCUUCCGUCGAGGUCCUCCAUAUCAUCGGCACCUAUGAGAAAGUUGAAGAUGAGGAGGAAGAAGUGUAUGAGACGGUGAAUGUCUUUAAGCUAAAACAAUUUUUGCCAAACUUGAGAGUUGUGAACCUUUGGGGAGUGCCGUUUAUCACCGAUGAACAUGUGGAUGCAAUUUCAUCGAAUUGUGCACAUCUGGAAUGCCUUUGCGUGAACUAUUGCCCGAAAGUUACGGGAUCUUGUUUGAAGCUCGUGCUCCAGAGAUGUCGUAAAGUCAAAACUUUAUUCCUUGCACAUACCAAAUUGGAUAGUAAUAUUAUCAAAACUAUCGAUUGGGAUAAGACGAGAAUCGAAGAGUUGGAUGUGAAGGGAACCGAAUUAAGCUCCGAUGCUCUCAUUUCAAUUUUGACAAGACUUCCGCAUUUACGAUGGCUUGAUGCUAGCUGGCUCGAGAAUAUGACCGAUCAGGUUUUGGAAGCGUGGCAAAAUGCCAAUGCUAUGGGAAGCCUUCAAUUCCUUAAUUUGGAUACCUGCGAUUCAUUAAAUGAACAGGCUUUGGUCGACAUGAUCAAGCGACAUGGCCACCAAUUCCACGGUCUUUGUUUGGGUGGCCAACAUAAAUUGCUGGAAUAUUUCUGGAUGAACAUGAUGCCCCAGUUAGGAAAUGUUCGAGUAUUGGUAAUGGGAAUCGCAGAGGAUUGUUGCCCAAAAGUGGUCGCAAAAAUCCACAUCGAUCAAUUCAUUGAUUGUUUGGCUCAAAAUUGCCCAAAAUUAACGAGAUUGGAAAUCCGCUGGGACGAUGAGACAUUGAGAUUCUCAGAUAAAUCGAGCAAAUUCAUUGAUGUACUUCGAAUGAAAUGCUUGAUGCUCCACUCAAUUGUCUUGUCUGACGGACAAUAUUAUGAGCUCGUUCGCUCAAAUUUCGAAAGAGCUGAUCGAAUGUCGGUUGUUCGAACCACUGAAAUGUGUCGCACCGGUUUGCUCCACUGCUCCAGAUAUUUCAAUCAGCUUCUUUUCAACUAA